AGAAGCGAAAAGCGCAUGCGCGUACCGUUGACAGCCGCCGGUUGGUGUUGUUCCAGUUGUGUUGUAGACUCAGGGCAUAUGUAGACCAGAGGCCAGCACAUCAGUUUACCUCUACAGACCGCUGACCUGCACCCAGCCGAGGAGGUCAGAGGAACGAACAGAGAGCAAUCACAGUGAUUGAUGACAAAGUGGACUGAUAGGAGAUGUGUGCCGCUAUCUACAUCGUGUCUACAGUGACGGGGUAUGUGCUCACCUCGGCCCUGCUGCUCAAAUGUCCAACUCUCCUGCACCGGAGGAAGAGGGAGAGGUUCCUCAGCAAGCACAUUUCCCAUCGUGGAGGCGCUGGAGAAAACCUGGAGAACACCAUGGCAGCUUUCAAACAUGCUGUGGAUCUCGGCACAGACAUGCUGGAGCUGGAUUGCCACCUGACGAAGGAUGAGCAGGUUGUGGUCUCACAUGAUGGCAACUUGAAGAGGGUUUGUGGCAUCAAUGCUAACAUCAGCGACCUGACAUAUGCUGAACUUCCCCCAUAUCUCUGCAAGCUGGGUGUAACUUUUCAAAGGGAGUGUUUCUGCGAGGGCGGUGAGGACAAACGUAUCCCACUCCUCAGGGAUGUGUUUGAUGCCUUCCCAAACACUCCCAUCAACAUCGACAUCAAGGUCAACAACGACACACUCAUUAAGAAGGUUUCUGAGCUGGUCGUUAAGUACGACAGGGAGGAUCUGACUGUGUGGGGCAACUCCAGGAACCAUAUUGUCAAAAAAUGUUAUAAGGAGAAUCCCCAUAUUCCAGUUUUGUUCAGUUUUCCCAGGGUGCUGCACCUUCUUGGGCUCUUCUACACAGGCCUCCUGCCCUUUGUGCCCUUGAAGGAGCAGUUUCUGGAGAUCCCCAUGCCCUCCCUGCUAACUAAACUAAAAGAUCCCAGCAGAUUAACGCGGAGUCAGCGGUUGAUUGCCUGGCUUGCAGACACUUUGCUGAUGAGGAAAGCUCUUUUCCAACACUUAACUGCCAGAGGAAUACAGGUGUACAUUUGGGUGCUGAAUGACGAGGAGGAUUUCCAAAGGGCGUUUGACCUGGGAGCCACAGGAGUGAUGACAGAUUUUCCCACCAGGCUCAGAGAGUUCAUGGAUAGGAAUGGCAUUUCUAAACCCCAGUGACCUGCCAACUCCUACCUCUCUCCCUGUCUCCACGGUCAUUAUCCUUCACGCUCGCUGACCUGCCAAACAAGCUCCCCACAUUCACCCACUUUUACUGCACGCAUUCCUGCAGACCUACUUCCACAUUGUGUUGCACAAGUAUGAGACUCCAUUGACUCCCCUUGUAUUGGGGAUGUCUACUUUUAUAGUUGUAGUAAAAGGAAAAUCCCAAGAAGAUUUUAUUUGAGUUGAUACCAAUUAUAAGAGUUGUCGAUAUAUCCAUCAUGUAGCAACAGCCGUGUUAGAGAAUUACAACUAAACCUGGUAUUAAGCAUGUUAGUGCUUACAAAAAGCUACCUGGAAUGGUUGCAUACCUUCAAUGCUGAUUUAUGAGGUUUAUACAUUUAACCCAACAAGUCUCUGAUUAAUUUGACAAAAGCCUAACUUUUCUUACAUGAUACGUGGAUUUGGAUAAAACCCUCGUAAAAUGUGAAGGGUGUUUAUGAGCUAUAAAAACAAAACAAAAACUAAAGCAGUUAGAUCUGUCAAGCUGCUAUAAAACAAGCUUUCAUAAACACAAGGUUCACAUGUAACCAUUUACUGAACCAUUUUCACAAUCAACUAAUGUUGUAGCACAAACUAUAUUAAAAAAAACACAUUUUUAAGCUUCAAAUAUAUAAUUUUGCAAGCAAUUGUAUUUUUUAUUUUAAACAUUUAAGUUAAUUUAUUUCAUUAGUUAAAUUCAGUGGGACUCAGAGUGAUGCCUUUGAAGUGUUCAUUCCUGUUCAACCUGACUUUACACACGUUGGUCCUCUGAAAGUUAUGUUCAUGUACAAAAUAGAACAUGGACUCCUUAAAUUACUGCAUCAAAGCUGAUGAAGUGUUAAGGAAGAUUCAAUUCUGCUUUAAAAAUGACCAUCGGCUCAUCUGCAUGGUGUCCCUUGUCUUCCUCUUUCCAAGAGGCAAUAACAUGACCAUUCUGUUCCCUUUGUCUCAAACUAGGGAAAAUUAAUUGUGUCAUUGUUGAAAGAUUUUGGGUUCAAUUCCAGCUUCCUCCCCUGACAUAUGUUGAUAAAAACUUUUCUUCCCCUAACAUGACUGACAGCUAAAAAAAAAACAUUGAAGGGGGAAAUCUUGGUUUACGUGAUAAUCAAUGUCUAAACUAUUUGUAUUACACCUGCUGUAUCAUAUCCCUUUUUGAGUUGUUGUGUUUUGUUCCCCUAACAUUAGACGUGCACUGAAAACAGUGCUGGGUGUUGUAGGAAGUCAACACCUAACACUGGUGUGUUGGCUUCCUUCAACAAAGUGGGACAAAAUGACCACCAAAAUAUAUUCAGCUAGUUUUAUCAGAUCUGAGUUUUGACAUUAUUAUGUGAAAAUGUAUUUUCUUACAACUUAUCAUGUGGUUUUACUGUUCAAAUAUUGAACAGUAGGUAUAGCGUUGGUUUCUUAGGCUGCUGUAUCUUGAAUCAGGCUAUUGUGUGGCCUUUGCAAUAAAAAACGUUUGUCGACAGCUGAAAGAAAAGUUUAUAUGAAAGUCAAAAAUGUCCUAAAAAAAGCAGAAGUCCUCAGUUUAAAGGUCCCACUGUUCUGUAGUUACAGGAAACUUGAAAGAGACAAACCCAUUGUUAUUGUUCUCUGUACUACCCAGCAGCAGUUUGUUGGUUUUGUUGUAUUUUGAUAUGUAGAAAUGUCUGUUUAGCAUUUUUUUUUUCUUACAUCAAAUGAAUAUGUUGCUCAUCUGUGACUUGAGAGAAGAGUUUUGCACAAUUUCUGAAUCUUUUAUCUUCUCUUGUGUCUUUGAAACAGUGAACAUAUUUAAAUCAUAUGUCUGAUUUUAAUCUUUAGAUGAUAUGCCAGCCCAAUAGAGCUAAAUUAUGUUUCUGAUAUUUAACUUCUCUGCUGUUUUUGAAGCUGCAAUGUAUUAAAAACCGCAAGACAAUGAUAUCCUGGCACCAAAUACUCCUGCACUGAUGUUGUAAGGAGGGUGUAAUAGGGUUACUACACAUAUAUAUACCAAUGAUGUUUUCUGAUCUAAACAUGUGACCACAUGUUUGUAAUGAAUGUAGUUAUGAUUGAAUGUAUUAUGAGAUGUUUGGUAUUUUGCUGUGGGAACAGAGUUUCUCUUUUGUUUACUGCUUUCAUCAGAUUACUUUCAUAGUGUUUCUUGAGUUGCACAAUUUUAUUUUAUUUUUUUAUUUUUUGUGCUGAACCCGAUCUACUAUUGGUGAAAUUAUUGUGCUGUAUUUGGUGUCCUUUUAUUCUUCAUGCUUCAAACAAGCGGCUCUGUUUGAACAGCAUCAGUCUGUGGGACUAGGCACCUUGGAUUUUUCAAAGCCUUAUCCCACAGUCUAUAUUAUCUCUAAUUUCAUUGAUUUAGAGAAAAUAAAAAGUGAAUUUUCAUCCACAUGAA